GGGAGCUGCGCUGAAGCCUCCGCGCUGCCAGCUGGGCGAAGGCUGCCGAGCCCCGCCGCUGCCGAGUCAAGUAUGGCAGAGAAUGAAGAACCAUUGGCAAUAUGGAUGCUGCAAUGCCAUGACAAGACGUCAGAUUCUUAAACAGAAAAACAGAAUAUCUUGAAAAGCUGGGUCCACCCUUGAGCAAGAUCAUCAAGCAUUCUCAGUUCAAAUUCAAGAUGGCAGCAGCUAUGCCAAGGAGAAUUUCAUGAGAAGACAAGUCAAAUGAUGCACUUCUGAAAUAUAAAGAAGUGGGAAGGAAGAAACACCACUGCGUUCAUGAUUUAAUCUGCUGUUGACUACAUAGUGGGGAUCUUUGAACAGACUCUGCUCUAUGCUGCUAUUAAUAUGAAAUAACAUGUCAUUAAAGAAAUGGAGGCUGCUACCACACAGGAGAAGGCACUCGGUUCGGGCUUAAAACCUUCUCACUUAGCUCCAUGAACAAGCACCAAGUCGCUUUUCCAUGUCGAACUUUAAGGUUUGAAAAUUUAACAUGCUGCCUCUGCAGGACCCAGAGAUGGUAAUGGUAAGAGGGCUAAUUGUUCAUUCUGCUGAAUAGAACUGCUCCAGGAACAAUGGCUUCAAAAGUCUCUUGUUUGUAUGUCCUGACAGUUGUUUGUUGGGCAAGUGCACUUUGGUACCUAAGUAUCACACGUCCCACUUCGUCCUACACAGUCCACAAGACUUACGACAGCAUCUCCCUGGCUAGAAAAAACGUCUCCUUUGGCAAUAUAAGGACUCGACCAAUAAAUCCUCAUUCCUUCGAUUUCCUCAUAAAUGAACCGGAGAAGUGCGAGAAGAACGCCCCCUUUCUGGUCAUUCUCAUCAGCACAACCCACAAGGAUUUCGACGCCAGACAAGCCAUUCGAGAGACGUGGGGGGAUGAGAACAACUUCAAAGGCAUCAAGAUUUCCACGCUCUUUCUUCUGGGGAAGAACACAGACCCCGUGUUAAACCAGAUGGUGGAGCAAGAAAGUCAGAUUUUCCAUGACAUUAUCGUGGAGGAUUUCAUUGACUCCUAUCACAACCUGACUCUCAAAACAUUGAUGGGAAUGAGGUGGGUGGCCACCUUUUGCUCAAAAGCCAAGUACAUCAUGAAAACAGACAGCGACAUUUUUGUAAAUAUGGACAACCUUAUUUACAAAUUGCUGAAACCCAACACCAAGCCAAGACGGAGGUACUUUACUGGCUACGUGAUCAACGGAGGCCCAAUAAGGGAUGUGCGUAGCAAAUGGUAUAUGCCUAGGGACUUGUAUCCCGAUAGCAACUAUCCACCAUUUUGCUCAGGUACAGGCUACAUUUUUUCAGCUGAUGUAGCCGAGAUGAUUUACAAAACCUCCCUCCAUACUAGACUUCUUCAUCUGGAGGAUGUGUAUGUGGGACUGUGUCUGAGGAAGCUUGGCAUCCACCCUUUCCAAAACAGUGGCUUUAAUCACUGGAAGAUGGCAUACAGCCUGUGUAGAUAUCGGCGUGUUAUCACGGUGCAUCAGAUAUCACCCGAGGAAAUGCACAGGAUUUGGAAUGACAUGUCAAGCAAGAAGCAUCUCAGAUGUUAGGACUUUUUACAGAUGUAAAUACUUUGUUUCUUGGCUUUCGUUUGCCAUCUGAGUAGAGAGGAAAUGGAGAACUUCUCAUUGGACAAUGGGAUGUUAACUAUCCAGGAGGGGGAGUCUUCAAUAUGUUGCAUUUGGUUGGUCUUUACAGCUUUGACAUCUGGUUUACAAAUUGCAGGCUCUGUUCAUAAUGGUCUUAUUUAUACCAGUCAAAAAGGCUAUCAAGUGACAUCUGUCUUGUCCAGUCUCGCAAUUGUCUGCCCAAGAGGGCAAAUGACACCCACCCACCCAAAAAAGUUGUAAAAUCUAUUCCCAUUAAGCAUCUGGAAUAGGAACCAUCCUUUAAAGCAAGGGUCAGCAAUCUGAGGGUCCUUAGAGCUCUUUCACAUAACCUACAAAUUUUGGGGAAAUCCCAAGGAACCCAGUCUCUCUCUCUCUCUCUCUCUCUCUGUGUCUCUCUCUCUUUUAAAGGACCUUCAUGUUCACUGAAAUGAAUUUCAAUGUGUAAAGCUAAGUAGUAGUAGUAUGGCUUUCUGUUCCAAAUUAGAUGUUAUUCCCUCAGGGAACACCGAAGAUCCAUUUCAAAUGUUGAGUUUACUGCUAGCGCAAAGAGGGUGGUCAUGUAUCUGUUAAUGCUAGGCAGAGCCCUGCAGCUUUAACUGUUGUGAUG